AGGCACAUUCAUGUUUUUGUAUUCUUAGCAGAAUCUUGUUUCCCUGCAAAUCAAAUCAACCGGUUAGAGAAGAACCCUAAAAUUCGUGAAGCUAUCAGUAAAAAAUUCACCGAGUAUCUUCGUCGGGCGGAGGAGAUCAGGACUGUUCUUGAUGAAGGAGGUCCUGGCCCUAAUUCUAAUGGGGAUGCUGCUGUUGCGAGGAGGCCGAGGACUAAGCCUGAAGAUGGCGAGGAUGGGUGAUCCGGGGAAGAUAAGUUGAGAGCUGGAUUGAAUUCGGCGAUUGUGAGGGAAAAGCCUGAUGUGAAGUGGAGUGACGUGGCUGGGCUUGAGAGUGCCAAACGGGCUUUGAAGAAAGCUGUUAUUUUGCCAAUAAAAUUUUAUACAGUGUAA